AUGACUGUAUGUGUUAACAACUCCCUCAACCAACAAGCAAGCUCCUUGAACCCAACAGUUUUCACACAAGAGAUCCCCACUCAACAAUCCCCGACUCGGUUUAUGCCAACUCCACAGCCACAUGUGCCAGACCCAUCAAUGUAUGAUCAACUAAUGGGUACCAACAUGCCACAACCAUCAAGAGCUACACAUGGACCUAUUAUCAGAGGGCCUGCAGCUUUCACUGGAGAAAGACCAUUAUUCUCUGCAGGAAGUAGCAUAACAUCAGUCUCUGCAGCUUCAGUAGUGGUGGUUGACCAGGGCAAGCAAUUCAUGGUACUCAACCGGCAAGACAAGGCAAAAAAUGAUCCUGUGUAGUUUUUAUGUUGAUGUUUAGGUUUUGGAUUUUGUUGGUAAUAGGUGGUUGGCAAUAGCAGGUUGUUGUUUUUGAGAACUUAAUGGCAGAUCUUGUUGGUGUUUAUUGUGGAUUUAGAUUGUGGAUUUUGUUGGCAGUAGCUGGUUUUGGUGUUUGUGAAGUCUUUGUAUUGACAAUUGUUGGUUUUUGUUUUGAACUCUUUGUAUUGCCA